GACGUCAGCCUCAAGGAACCCCAAGUGACAGUGAAGGAACCCUCGGGAGCUUCUGAAGUGGACGUGACCCUGCCCGCAGCUGAGAUAUUAACACCAAGUUCUGAUGGUGUUAUAGAUUCUUCUUUCCCAAAAGCGGAUCAGAUGGGUAAAGUUAAAAGUUCUCUAAUUAGAAUGCCUAAGGUUUCUCUUUCGAAAAGUUCUAAACCUCAGACACAGGGUAAGUCCGAAUCUGAAUUUUCUAGUUCAGAAAAUCUUUGUUAUUCUGUAACAGAGGAAACUCAUUCUGUUCUUUCAAGUAAUGUAGAAUCUAAACUUCCUCCUGAGAAUCAGGGAGUUAGUGGCUCUAAAAAUACAAAAUUUAGAAUUCCUAGUUUGAGUUUCUCCAAAAUUGAUUUUGGUUCUUCUAAAUUUGAACAGGUUUCCCCUUUACCAAAAGGCGACAUUACUCUUACUAAAUAUCAAGGUAAUCUAGCAGAAUCUGGAUCAAAUCUUUUAGCAACAGAUUUUGAAAUUGUAAAUGAAGAUGGUUCUUUGGAAAGGGAGGGAGGGAAAAAAUCAGCUGCUGAAAUAUCUAUGAGUGACAUGGAGUUUACAGUUAAAAUUCCUAAAUUCCGAAAACCAAAAUUUGUAGUUUCUUCAUCUAAGGGGAAACCAUCAGAAAGUGACGUUGGUUCCUAUAUUGAAUCUGAAAUUUCCAAGGGAAGGAUAACAUCUGAUAUGACUGAUACUGAUAUUGGAAAACCAGCUCAGAUCCCGGAUGCUGAAUUAGGUGUAAAGGAGCGCAAGCCUUCACCUGAAGUGGUUCUGGAUGCACAAGGUUUGGAUGUCAGUCUCCCAUCAAUGGAAGCUACCAUGCCAAAAUUAGAAGUUGAAAUCCUUGGCCCAGAUUUAGAGUGCAAGGCAGAACAGGAAGUAUUCUCAGGAAAGAAGGACACUGAGGAGAAAGAAAACAAAUUUAAAACAUCAAAAUUCAAACUGCCUUCAUUUAGUUGGUCACCAAAGAAAGAAGCUACUGCUCCUUCUGAAGCUGAGGGACAUCUGGAAGUACCCACUUUGUCUACUUUAUCUGGAGACAUAGAAUGUGAUUUAACAUUUCCUACUCCUGAGAAUCAGAAUCUUCAUGUGGAACUUAAUACACCAAUAGAAAAAGAUGGUGAAAAGGGUAGAAGCAAGAAGUCCCAAUUUAUCAUGCCAAAGAUCUCAUUCCCUAAAAUGAGGGGUCAAAAAGUCCCGGUCUCUCUGCCCAUACUGGAAACAGAUGUUUGUGGUCCCAAACAAGAAAAAGAAGGUGUUUCAGUACAAAAACCUGAGAAAGGGAGUAGUGGAGGAGGGGCCGAAGUGGGCAUAAAAAUGCCAAAAGUUACAGUCCCGGCUUUGGAAUUUUCCAAACCGGAUGUCAAAGCUCCCAAAAUAGAGAUGGAUAUUAGCAUGACUACAGGUGAAGUCGUACUUCCUACAUGUGAAGACGAUGACAUGACAUUGAAAAUAGCUGCUGCUAAUGCCAGCCUCUCCUCAGAUAUUAAGAUGAAAACUGAAGGCUUCCUUGAGGUGAAGAGUCCUGAUACAAGUGUUGAAAGAACACCAAGUGAAAUUGCUGUGGGUGAUGUAGAAAUAAAAAUUGAAGGUCCUGAAGGGAAAACAAAAAUGUCUAAAUUCCAAAUGCCAAAGUUUGGAAUUACACAUUCUAAAGAGAAAGGGUUAGAAAAGGAGGUCAGCCAAUCCAAAUCAGAAGUCAAGGUUCCCCAACUAAAAUCAAUGGUAGAAAUAGCUGACAUUGCUGUUGAGGCACCAAAUGUGGAAUGUGGUACAGGAACAGAAAUUUACAGCCCUAAGGUCAAAAUGACCAAAGCUGACAGUAAAGCAUCGGAGGCUGAUGUUCACCUCCCAUCAACUGACAUUUCUAUUCCAAAAUCAGACAGUGAUAUUCAGGAUUCAGAUGCAGCACUAAAAAUUAAAGGGGAAAUAAAACAAGAUGGAAGUGGAGAAGAGAAAGAAGGACAUUUCAAAAUGCCAAAAUUCAAACUUCCAUCCUUCAGUUGGUCACCAAAGAAAGAAGCAAGCAUUAAAUCAGAUUCUGGAGCAAAUUUGGAAGAUCAUAAACUUGCUAUAGUGUCAGGUAGAAUAGACACAGAAGUGAGAGGACCUGCAACUGAUGACCAAGGUAGUGGGCCAGCCCUUGAUCUGGAAAUAUCUGCAGGAAAAGCUGAACAAAAAAGUCCAGUUAAAAAGUCACAAUUUGUCAUGCCUAAAAUUUCACUCUCCAAGAUCAAGGUUCCCAAAUCUCAGACACAUUCACCAAAAGUUGAAGUUGAUGCUACUAUUCUUAAAACAGAAAGAGAGGGUGAUGAUUCAAUACAGAUACCUGAUAUAGAAAGAAGUCAUUCUGAAAGGACAGAAGAAGGGGCACAAAUAAGCAUAAAACUGGCUGAUGUUAAGAUUCCUGCUCUGGAGUUUUCCAAAAUAGAUACUGGAGCCUCCAAAACUGAUGUGGGAGUCAGCUCAGCAAAGACUGAUGCUGCUCUGCCUGCCUUGGAGGGGAGUUUUCAACAAGUUGAUCUAAAAACGAGUUCUACUGAUGAAGAUACCAUGCAAAAAACAGGUAUUAAGUUCCCCAAAGGAGAAACUUCAAUUGAACUGAGGACCUCUGAAAUAGUGACAGAAAGAUCAUCAGUUGUGGAUGGAAGGAAGAUGAAAUUGGAAGGUCCUGAAGGGAAGAUUAAAAUGCCCAAAUUCCAGAAGCCAAAGUUUGGAAUCUCCCUAACAAAAGGGAAAGGCCCAGAGACAGAGAUCAGCUCUCCAGAAAUAGAAGCUGAGCUACCCCAGCUAAAAAUUACAAAUGAAAUUGCUGACAUUGCUGUGAGAGUUCCAGCAUCAGAACUUACAUCUGAUAUGUCAGAUCCUGGAGUUGGUGUUUAUGCUUGUAAGAUAAAAACACCCCAAGAUCUGACAGCUGGCAUUGAAGCUCCAAAGGCAGGCUUAAGCCCCCAGUCAGGGUCUAAACCAGUGACAGAGGGAGCUAUUGAGAGCCUUGAGGAGAAAGACAUCGAAUUGAAAGAAUAUGAAAUAAAAGCUGAAGAAGUUCAGACUGAAGAACAGCAGGGAUGGUUUAAAAUGCCAAAAUUCAGAAUACCUGCAUUUGGCAGAACAUCCUCAAAGGAAAAAAAAGGUGAUGCUAAUAUUGAAAGAAGUAUGGAAAAUACUCAGGCAGGCAUUCCCCCUGCCAAAGCACAAACUGAAACAGGUAUUCCUGAAAAUACUUUCUCAUUGCCACAAGCAGUCACUGAAAUUACUAUUGGAAAAGAAGAGAUUUCAAAGUUAGGAGAUUCUGCAAAGAGUUCUGAUGUUAGCUUGCCAAAGAUGGAAGGAGAUAUUUCAUUAUCCACAGAAAGAACAGAUAGUAGAGUGAAUAUUCAGAAAACUGAAACUUAUGCAGACAUGGUUAAGCGUGCUGCUGAAGGACAAAAAUUCCAUACUUCAGAAUUCACAGUGUCUUCGGCAGAAUUGUCUAAAUCAUACUUAAGUGCUUCAGAAAUUGACACAGACAACAGUUUAACAAAUAGGUUUCCUACAUGUACUUUGACUCUUGAAGAGCAUAAAGUCAAAUCACAGGAUGUAGAAGUCCUGAAGGCAGAAAGUUCCACUAAGUUAGAGACUUCAGGAGUAGGAUGUAAACCAUCAUCAGCUGAAAUUACUCUGGAUGCAAGACAGGAGAAAAUAGAUGUUAAUCUUCCAAAGGAAGAGCUAGAUGUUCAAAAUCAAGAGGCAGUAACUCAAAAAGGAAGGAUAAAGGGUGAGGUGAAAAUUAUAGGAAAAGACAGUGAAGGAAGCCAAUUUAAAAAGCCUAUGUGUGAAUGGUCUACAACAAAGGGAUCAGAAGAUGGUGUUUAUGUUACAGCUAAGCUGGAAGAUCUAAAGGUGGAAGUUCCAGGAGUUAAAAUGGAUGUUAAAAUUGCUAGAGUAGAUCCUGAAAUGAAAUUUCAAGUGAAAAGUGUUGAAAAGGACAUGUCUGCAGCAGCGGAAGUGCAAGUAGAAGAUAGAGCAGAAACAAGUAAAAUUAAAACAUACAAGUUUAAGAUUCCAAAGUUUGGAGUGUUGCAUUCAGAUGUAAAAGGUUUUGAAGAUGAUAUCAGUUUGCCAAAGUCAGAAGCUGAUUCAGUAUCUAAAACUGAAAUAGGCACAGCAGAAAUGCAGUUUCAAAAAUCAGAAGGAUCCAUUGGCUUGAAAAGUCCAACUCAAGAUCAUAUUGAAUCAUCUGACAGAGUAACAGUGGAAACAGUGGGCAAAUCACAAGAUGGCCCAGAAGUAAAUAUAAAAAUUCCUAAACUAAAAAUACCAAGAUUCACUUUCAAAGUUCUUCCAACUGAAGCUGAUGUUUCAGUGUCAAAAGUGGUAACAGAUUGGAAGGGAUCUAGUACUGACAUUGAAGUAGUGCAACUGCAAGCAAGCUCUGCUGUGCCUGAAGAAACACCAGAGGCUCUGGAGGGUGGUAUUCAAAAAGCAAAAAGCAAAAUUCUAACACUGACGGAACCUGACAUUAAAACAGCACAAAUGACUACUACCAUAGAGUCCUCCCUUUCGAGUGCAGGGCAAGACAUUCAUUGGUCAUAUGUAGAGGGCCAAGAAGUGAGUGAGAAAACAGAACCUGAACAUGUUGCUAUUGAAAGGUGUGAAAUUUACACUACUGAAAUACUGAAAGAAUCAGAGAUUCUCUCAUCAGAAGUCAAAACUGCUACUUUGGGAUUCUCAUUGCUCAAGGUGAAGUUGCCUGAAUCACACAGCAACUUAGAAGUGCUAGUCCAGCAGCCAUCUUCAACAGCAGAUGUAUCAGUGAGCCAACCUAAAUGUGCUGAUGGAAGCUUUAGAGUAGCAGCACAGAGAACUGGCAGUGCUGAGCUUAAACUGUCUGACAAACCACACAGUGAGACUGAAGAACCUAGUGGAGAAGUAAGUUUGCAGAGGUUAAAAACAUUUGCUGUUGAAGUAAAACCUUCCAGUAAACCCGAAGAGAGUCAUCCUGAUAAGUCACCAGAGGGAAUAACUGCACAUCCUCUCUCUAAAUAUGAGGAUGUAGCUGAAGCACUAGAGGAUGAGGAAAAAGACAUAACCAAUGAAAAAGAAAAGGCUGAUAGUAAAAGAUCUCCUGGAAGAUUCAAAUUUUGGCUUCCAAAUAUUGGGUUUUCAUCUUCUGGUGUUGAAACAAGCACAGAUUCAAAAACAGAAGUAAAAAAAUCAGUUCCAGAAGAUGUGAAACCUGCUGACACAUCAGAUAAUGAUUCUUCCAAGCAAACUGAAAAAACUGGAUGGUUUAGAUUUCCCAAGCUUGGUUUCACAUCUCCUUCCAAAAAGGCUAAAAUCAUCGACAAAGAAGAGAUGGGUCAUAAAGAGGGAAGAAUCUCAGAUGAAGAUAGCCCAUCAGAUAAACCUGAUGUAUUUUUUGAUGCACAAGAAAGUUUAUCACCUAAAGAAACAACAGAGGCUGAAAAUGCUGAAAUUGAUGGGGCUUCAUCUAACAUUCCAGUUUCUCGAACUAUCGUGACAUCUUCAGCAAGAACUGAACUAAUCUUGUUGGAGGAAGAAAAAAAUAGUCAAGCUAAUAUUCCUGGAGGUACAACAAAAUGAAUAUUGUCUUUUCUCAGCCCUCAAUGAAAAUAAAAUAUUCUACA